AGCCCGGCCCCCUGGAGGCUGGCGCGCAAGGCGGCAGAGCCGUACAUGCCAUGGCGCUGGCAGAACUGGCCUCUCGCCUCAACUGCGCCGAGUACAAGAACUGGGUGAAGGCCGGGCACAGCCUGCUGCUCUUGCGGGCCGCCCUGCAGCGCUUUGCCGGGGAGCAAGUGCAGGCCUUCCACCGUCAGCUCGUCGCGCGCUCCUCCGCGCGCCUCAGCCCUUCGGGCCUCCGCUGCAGCGGGCGCUGCACCCCUCGAGGCAAGCAGUUUCAGCCUGCGUGCUCCUUGUGUAAAGAAUGGAAAAAAGAGAUUUUGAAUCAUCACACGCACAAGAAUGGGGAGGUCCACUGGGGAAACUGCAGGCCUUGGCUCUGGCCAUCUAAUGCAUGGGAGUUGGCAAAGGCUUACAUGCCUCGUGGGAAAGCAGACAUUUGUAGUCCAGACAAAUGUGAUGCAUCUGCACUCUUAAAUCUUUUCAACUUCUGCGAUCACUUCAGUAACAUCGAUCAGAAGAAAGUCAGAGAGGUGAUUAAGUGCCGCAAUGAACUAAUGCAUUCUUCAGAUAUGAAAGUCUCUUCUUCCUGGCUGAAAGAAUUUGGGAAUCAUGUUCAGAACUUGCUAACUGAAUUUCAACACAUUCCAGAGGCUCAGAUGGCUCGUACAAGGAUAGAAAAGCUUCUGUCAUCUGAUUGGGCUGUGCAUGUACCAGGGGGAGAUCAGCUUGAUGGAUUGGAGGGUGAAAUGAAUCGAAGCCAAAUCAGUGAAAUAGAAGCAGAACUGAUAAAAGAGAGACUCCAUGAAAUCAGUCUUCUCAUGGAAGAACAAGGAAUGAUGUCAGAAGAGGAUUUAAACAGAAUACAAAUUGUAAAGGAUUUCUUAAACGGCAACCAUGAUCUUCAAAGAAGUUUGCAGGCUGAAAUGCAGAACCUAGAAGACCUCGUGCAAAAAUUGUACGGCCAAAAACAACCCAUGAAAGAAACCCAGGAAGUGAACAAUGAGGAGACAGAUGAAGAUUGUCAUAUAGAAAAAAGGAAGCGUACGAUAUGAAGAAUGUGACUCUACUGUGAAGAUGUCAUGCAUUACCAAAUGGGAAACUUGCAUAUUUCCACAGGAACGCUCAUUUAAAGAGCAAUCCUUUUUUCAAGUUAUAUUGGAAUUUGGAGAAUAAACCUGAAGGGUCAACAGUUAUUUCCUUAAAAAUUCCAGUUUCCUUUGAACUGU